CAAGACAAAUCCCACCCCUAUUUGAACACAUGACCGUGUGCUGGAGUGAGCUAUAAUAACACUGUCGUGCUCUGUGGUUGCAGUUUUUGUCCUUUUUGGUGUGUAGCUGCUCUUAAAAAUGAGGCUGCAGUGUUUGGUGACGGCGCUUUGUGUCGGUGUGGGUGUCAUGGCUGGGAAAUACUCUCGGGAGGUGAAUGAGCCCACGCAGAGUGAUAGUGAUGGGCAGACAGCGGAGUUCAGGAUAGCUAAACUCAACCAGGUGUGGGAGAAAGCUAAACGGAUGCAGCUGACACCAGUGCGACAGGCCGAGCUGCACAGCGACCUAAAGAUUCAGGAGAAAGAUGAGCUUCAGUGGAAAAAAAUGAAGGUGGAAGGCUUGGAUGAGAACGGGGAGAAAGAAGCCCAGCUCAGGCGCAACUUUAACGUGAUCCUGGCCAAGUAUGGCAUGGAUGGGAAACGGGACAUGAGGCCGAUGGAGACCAACUCCCUGAAAGACCACGAGGCCAGAGACGGAGAUAUGUUCGAUGAUCCCAAACUGGACAAACUCUGGAACAAGGCCAAGAGCUCUGGGAAGUUCUCUAACGAAGAGCUGCAGAGCUUAAAGAGGGAAUUCCAGCAUCACAAAGACAAGAUCCAUGAGUACAACAUCCUGAUGGAUACAGUCAGCAGGACCGAGGAAAUUCACAAGAACGUGAUCUCCCCCAUGGAGGGCGACACCAAAGAGCACCUGCUGCAGCAGAAGCACACCGAGCUGAAGGAGAAAAUGAGAGACCUCAACCACGGCUUCGAGCGCCUCCGCAAAAUCAGCCACGAGGGUUUCUCUCAAGACAGCGUGUUUCGGGAGCCGCGUGUGAUUGAACUGUGGGAGGCUGCAAAGAGGGCAAACCUCAGCAAAGAUGAGCUGGAGUCUCUCAAGGAGGAGCUGCAUCACUUUGAGACCAAGGUGGAGAAGCACCACCACUACCAGGAGCAGCUGGAGCUGUCUCACCAGAAGCUGCGACAUGUUGAGUCUCUGGGAGACAAAGAGCACAUCAAGAGGAACCAGGAGAAGUACAACACACUCUCUGAGAAGACCAGGGAGAUGGGUUACAAGAUGAAGAAACACAUGCAGGACUUGUCCAAUAAGAUCUCUCGUCAGGGUCUGCAGCACAACGAGCUGUGAGGUUCAGCUCCUGAUCGCCACCACUGGAGGAUCAUGAAACUGCACCCUGCGUGAACUGUGGGAAUCAUUCCUGUCAGCUACUGAAAAACAUGGAAGGUUUUUCUUUUUACCGUGUGACUGGCUGAAUGAGUUGUACAAAGUAUGCUGAUCAGAUGGACAAACUUUCACUUUUUUAGUAAACUGAUCAAAUGAAAUGAGUUAAUUAAAUAAUUUAAUUGCUUAAAAUCUUCUCUGUUGUGAUGUAUGAUAAAUCAAGAAAAUGUGGAAAACCAGUUUUAUUACCUAAAGCUGAAAAUGUGGCACUAUUCCUUUACUUCUGCUAAUUCUGGUUGGUGAAAUAAGGGCAACAAUGUCUGUAAUUAAUUGUGAAAAUUAAAUAUUUAGAAUGGUAUUUGUGCUGCUGCCACUGUUGGCAGUUGUAAGUUGGUUUAUUGAAAUGAUGCAAAAGUGUUAAAAUGAUCAAUCAAAAAUGUAGGGAACAAACAGUUAAUCUUUAAUUUUCACAAAAACAUGCCAAUAUACACAACUGAGGUUUUAAAAAUAUAUAAUCUCUAGUAAAGGGUUUUUUUUUUCUUUUUUUCUUGGUAAACAAAGAAGCAGCUAAUAUUUACAAGUCCUACAGAAGUAACAUUAUUAUAUGUUCAUGAUACAUCAUCUUGUUUUUUCUUCCACAGAGACAUUAGGUAGAAAACUGUAGCUGUAAAAAGAAUCUGCUAAAUAUCAAAUCGCUUCUUAUGUUAGAAAGCAGAGCAGCUGAAACCCAAAUUGUGCUUUUCCCCUUUAGCAGCGGCUCUCCUCCGAGAGCCACUGCAGCAGAAUCAUUGAUUGCUGUGAUGAAUAAUGUCAGCGACCAGCUGAUUACUCAGCCGUGUCCUGCUCGGGCCACAUGGGCUCGGAUUAAUGUCAUUUGCACCGGGGAUCCAACUCUAAGCCGCUUAUUUCAAUCGAACGCUUCGCCACUUUGAUGCGGAAUGAUAGCUCGGCGAGUUGGGACUCUUUACAGUCGAUUGUUGGUUUCAGUGCAUCGAGGAGGGCUUGAUCUCAUUGUGAGAUCACAUCCUGCUGCAAACUCAAACGGCGGCUGUUUAUAAAUGUCAUUUCAGCUCAACACAUCAUGGCACCCCGCUUUUCUUUGUCUAAAUCAACCACGACUUUGGUGCCAUUCCUUUCUACUUAAGUCAGUUUUUACUAGUGUGCCAACCUUGUGUAAAAAAACAAAAAACAAAACUCAACUCCUUAAGUUAAGUGCCAUGCAGCGAAAUUUCUGUCAAACACUAAUUUAAAAACAAGUAGCACUUUACAAGAUGACAGCAGCAGAAAGACCUCCCACACAUUUUCUUACUCGUAGUGGAAUGAAUUGCUUGUGGAAAUGACUGCGCUGGUGAACCUGUGAGUGUGUGCAGCAGCGAUCGGUACGACCGACGGGGAGCAGCUUACUGAGAUAUACAGAGGGGGCUGCGGUGGAAAACCACUCUGAAGUGCUUCUGGAGUUGGGCGUCGCAGCGUCAGUUCGGUGGCCCUCGCCACCUGCUCUCCAGCUGAGUCAGCCUGUCCUCUCUGCCCUGAACAUGCUCCGCCCCCACUCUCUGCGCUGUUUCCAUGGCAGCGAUGUUGAGGUGGGCGUACCUAAUGGAGUCAUCUUCUGGGGGAAGGGGGGGGAAUGUUUGGGUGUCAUUUCACAACAUCCUUUAACUUAUUGACAGACAAAUUUAGAGAAACAUGCAUUUGUUUCUUGACACUUGAUUCAUGAUUCAUUCGGCUGGACUUCUGUUCUGGUACUUAGGAAAUAAAUGUUUCCAUUUCUGUGUUGAUUUUUGAAAUUACUUCUGAAUUAUUGCAUCUAGUUUCACCUGUUGUAAAAAAAAAAAUUCACUUUAAAUACUUCUCACUUUUGCUAUUAAAACAGUAUUGGAUUUCUU